CGCACAUUGGCACGUGGUUGAUCCUUGUGGUUUGUGUAGUUCCAGAGGCCUCACUUUCCCUCCCUUAUCGCUUUCUUUUCUCUUUUCUUCUAAUUCUCAGACAUCUUCAUCGGUCCUUCAGAGGUCAGUCAUUAUCGUGUGUAGUGUAUUUUAGUGCUGUGAGUUACUGCUGGCAGAAGGAAUAUCGCCUGUUCUCUCAGUGAUAUCACAAAAUGCGUGUGCAAAGUGCAACGUGCUCUGUCGUUGUCCUCGUGCUUGGAAUAUUAGCGACAAAUGUCGGCCAUGGUGAUGCGCAAAGUACGCGCCGUCCUCUAAUUCCAGGACUGCCGUCUUUGCCGCCGAUGUUGCAAGGUCUAUCAUUGUCCAACCUUCCGGGAAUCUCGCACAUCAUGAACAUGCCACUGCCAUUCAACGUACCCUUCAGCUUUUCGUCGCUUCCACCGUUACGUCUACCGAUCCGGCUGCCGGCGAUUCUCGGAGGAGCAGGGAUGAUUCGUAACGCCACGCAUUUGAUUCGGAAUACAUUUCUCGGCUCGCCCCUCUCGUCUUCCUCACCAACGCCGGUAUCAUCUGCUUUGUCGUCUGGAUCUUCGUUGAACACCAACUCCAUCACCCAAAUGCUGACGGCUCCCCUUUUACCGCUUUUGAACCUCGGCUCCGGAGCUGCUGUAGGCCAAGCUGCCACUAGGAAUGGCGUUAUUGAUCCCACGCAGUAUGCUCAAUAUUUCCGCGCGCUCCAACUGCAAAGUGCUCACGAACGUCGCCGCCGCAGUAUCGUACAACACAUGAUUCGUCACUACCAGUCUAGCCAGCCGUUCAUUCCCACGGGCCAUCUUCAGUUGCUGCAAGUUCCCGCUGAACAACUCGCCCAAUUUCGAACGCUCUACCGUUAUCAUUGACAGCUGUUACUCAACCCCACCAAGCAAUCUUAUUGUGUAACUAACUGUUAAUUGCGAUGCGAUCGUUGUCGUCCUGGUGGUCUGUCAUUCCUCUAUGGCAGGGUAUCAGAAUCGCUCCCUACGGAACUGGACAAAUCUGUCCCGAGGCGACCAACAGUUUCCGGACACGAACAUUCAACAACGACGCUAACGAUAGGUGUCUUUUUGUAUAGUGAAUUACUGUAACGCUGGCGUAAUGAUGUGUGUGAUCUCGUGUGAGCAUACUUUCAACUGUCUUUACAUUUGAGUGGUGACAUCUGCAGUACAACAAGCUACCAUAUUCAGCAGCGGCCGCACUGAAGUUUAAAAAACUUUACGUAUUAUUAUAAAACGAAAUUGCAGGAUUGCUAGGCCUACGAAUAGUUAUCGUUGUGUCAUCUCGACGAAAAGAGACAUUCAGCAAACAUCAUACGUUAGUGCCGAACGUAUUUUAGCAUAUCAUCAACGUGUGUAUAACUAUAGUUUAUAUAUAUAUUAUAUAUGUGUGCGUCCUAGUCGAUAACCGUGUAACGUCAAUCGCCCCUUGCACAAGACCAUAGACAACUAAUAACUGUUAGAUUGAUUUAUUGACUCCCGAUUGACUAAUACUUGGCUGUUGUUAUUGACAUUGAUCAAUGAGAUACUAAUGGACAGAUUGACUGGCAUAAGCGAUCGUCGCGAUUUCCUGGCGUGCACACGCCCUUUCGUCUUCCUAUCUUUCUCUAUGCAAAAAUGAUCUUUCAUAACGCUCUCUUUUGCCUUCGUGUCUCGACCCAAUCAGCGACGACCAUUUUUUUUGGCGAUAAAAAUAAUUUCUGUGUGGUAACGAUAUCCUGUUGACACUGGCAGCACGCCGCCUCUGUCAAAGCGAAGACAAACAAUGUUCCCACAACCCACUUGACGCCAUCAUCGAUGUUACCAUCGCCAUGCGGCGAUGAUGAAUCUUGCGCGUGUCAACGAUUUUUCAAUGGAGUCAGAUAAAUCAGUCUUUCCUAGAGUUUGUGGCGGUGACGGUGUACGGUGCCACGCUGUAACGUCCGGUGUCAGGUGAAGGAACGCAUCCGCUGGUCGUGUUUACUCGUCACAUCGAACGCGGGUCUGUCCGAUUUGGCGGUGCAUUACCCGCUGAUGCCAUCAUUACCUGCAACCUCGUUCAGCGCGGGCAUUCAUACAACAAUAACGACAACGAAAAUCUACCACUAUUAGUCAUUGUCGCAACAACCAUAAUAUAUAUGUAUAUUAUAUAUAAUAUUAAUAAUAAUAAUAAUAAGGUGCUGGCGAUGAAAAAGAUGCAGAGACGAAAAAACCGAGACUGGGGGAGCAGGAAAUAAUAAGAAGUCAAACAGCCUUCGUUGCAGUAAUAUGUAAAUAUCUCCAACCACUUUUGUGUUGCCUUUUCCCAUCGCGUUUCUAGCACCAUUGGCUGUAAUAGCCGAUACAGUGCAUAGGUGUCAUUGUGUCUGGCCUAUUGUCGUGAGCACGCUAUGGGUGCAGCCAGGUACACAGGGCGGCAGUGAGGUAAGAAUCGGCAUAUUUUGAUACGUUGAACAAACAAAAAAUACCUCUAUAUACAUAAACAUAUAUAUGUAUAUACCAAUAUUGAUAGGAGAUCGCGCCAUAGUUGUAAUAGUAGAAUCCAAAAAAACUGAGCAGUUUUAGUAGGUCGAAGAUGAAAGAACUGAGCAGUUAAAGAUUGGAGACGAAAAAAGACUAGCUAGACCAGGAAUGAACCGCCGCCAGUAUCAACAUUAACUUCGCCAUCAGCAUCGCGAAUGAUUACCACCGACAUCUCCUCGGUAACGUGCAUCGGCCUGUGGUGCUCUUCGACGUCUGCACGUCAUCAAUGACGGCGUGACGACAGCUAAACGACGCUCAACGACGACGAUGAUCGUAAUGAUAGUUGAACUACCCGGGUUGGUUACGUCCGACCCGGCAGCUCGACUCGCACAGAGGCAUAUUGAUCGACAACUUUUCGGGGGACGGGUAUGAGGGUCAAGAGGAAGCCCGUGGACCGCCGAAGGGGUCGGCCAUUGACAUAGUCAAUAUUUUAGUUAUUAUUGCUAGUGAUGCAGUUAGGUGUGUCACCCGUAAAAAGGGAAAAGAUUGAAAAAAAACACCCAAGAGAUGCGCGCGAGAUGCGGUGAAAGACACGAAACGAAGGGUGAAUGCAAAGGAUAACGACAACGACUAUAUUACCGCUACUGCUAAUGUUGUUGAUAUUAAUGUUUUUGUUGUUGUUGUUGUGGUUGUUGUUACUAGAUUACUACAUGCCCCCCGUUGAUUGCGUUGUUGACAAUACACUGCGGAAGCAGUCCCCGUAAAACGGGCAUUUCCCCGGCUCUAAUUGCGUUACAUUUAGAUCAUCAUUAUCAUCUUGAUGUUUGUGUGUAAGUCGGCUCUUACCCUGGCUUUAUAGGAAACGAGUUAUGAAUCAGCUAAUACCGCUCAUGUUCACACAGUUGAACUCAGGCCCAAUUAUCAGUUGACUGAGUUAUUAUGUCUUAAUGUUUCGGGUAAGCAAAAUGUUAAGAGAAAUUCCCUAGUGAAAAGACACUAUAACCAUGUAGUAGAAAGUAUGUAGAGUGUGGCCGAUGCUAGAGAUGUGGAAUAAGCAUGAGGCGCUGAAAAUUUUCAUCACAUUAAGUAAAAUACGAUGUCCAACGGUAAGAAAUUAGACAACAACAAAUCAACAUCCAACAAUUUCAGGAGGACGACGACAGUAGCGCUAUAAUCGAAUCAACGGUUUUUUGAUACAGAUACCAAUAAAUAACACGCGAUAAUAACUGAUUUUAAUACAACAAAAACAGCUUAAAGCGCUGGUACGCUACAGAAGGAUAUUAUAUAUAUAUAUAUAUAUUAAGGGGUUAUAAAAUCAAUAAAAAAAAUCAGUGCAAUGCAAGAAAUCGAAGGCUACUAUAUUAAGAAUUAAGGAAAAGCUUUUUGGCAUAAAAAAAAUAGGUAAAGUAUGUAUAGUAAGAAUGUCCGUUAUUGUCACGGCCAGCAACCGGCAGCCCAGCAAAUACUCCCUGUCCCUAUCGCCCAAUAGAAGAUGGCUCGGGAAAAUCGCUAUCGACCAUUAUCGAUUCCUUCCGUCAGUAGUAUCAGGAGAUAGUACCAUAAAAAGAUGCUGAUAUGUAUAAAUAAGUCUAGAGCUAUAAAACUAGUAGGUAUGGUAAGGAACGAACGGGCAGAAUAUUUUUAUAUGCGAUGAAUAAAAUCGUGAGAAGAACAUGGUAAACGAGCGAAGUUAUCGCCAAACAUCAUAAUAGAAAGAAGAAGGGUAGCUCCUAUUAUAAAAAUUACAUAAAUACUAUACUAGCCGCAAAAGUGCUGCGUAUGAUUGCGUGUUUAUGUAAUGCUGGCUUCCGAUACGUGUGAUCUGGUUAAGUUGGACGCGCGCCUCUUUCAAACGGAAAUGUCGCUUUUUUGAUAUUUUUAGUUGGGCUUUGAGCAGUUCAAUCGAUGAUAUGGUGAUGCAAAGGGGUGCAUGCGUUUGGUGCGUCUAUCUCUGUAUAAACCAAUUUAUUCAAGACUGAUGCUGAGUAGUAUUAUUGCUACAUAUUCAGAUUAACGCAUAUAUAUAUAUAUAUAUAUAUAUAUAUCAGCACCUGCAUAAAGUAAAUAAUUAUCAACACAACAUGCUGAGGCAAGCUACAGAAUCUGAUGUCUGGUCGGCCAGCCGGCCAGCUAUAUUCGGCCUGCUCAUCUUACUGCCAUAAGAACCAACGAAGGCUUUUUGGCUUGUCUUUUUUUGUCCCAAAGACGGUUACCGAAGGGUACCAAACCCCAUUCGGUACACUCAGCUCGGAUAAUUUCCUUGCUAGCUAGGGGGUUCAGCACGUUGGUUAUUCUUAUAC